CAAAGCAACGCGGCUAAUGAUAACACGUAACACCAUUUCUGUGACUAAUGUGCAAUACCAUCAUUUUUGUGCGAAUCUCGUGAAGCGCAUCAUUUUGACCUGAAAAGUUCAAACUAUCGGAAAGAAAACGAAAUGUCAGCAAACGGUAUCAACCGAACUGGAACUGGAAACGAUUCAACGAACAACAAUAUGGAAGUAAUUUUUCUCGGUUCACAUUCAAACAAUAAUCAUACAUUGACAGCGGGAAAUAAGGAUGCAGCCAGCGGUAGCCGAAUUUCCAAUAAGUUUAGUUCAUGUAAAACACUUCAACGAAAAUUGGAGCUCAAAGUGGAACGUGCCAAAAAGAACUAUUCACAACAAAACGGCAGCGAUGUAACCAAUGAUACAAAAAGCAACAAUACAUCUCUGAUACCAAUCAAUAGACUUCCGAUUCCAGGUCAUACUCUUCCACUUGUUGAAUACAAAUCCGAUCACAGCAGUAGCGAAGACGAGGAGUUUUCAUCGCCAUUUUUUCCGACCAAAACAAAAACAACAAGAAAACUCGACCUUAGUGAUACGUUCAGCAUACAAGAAAUGACCAUUGAAAGUGACGAAUCCGAUGGUGAAAGUGGUGAUUCGCAAAAUCUCGAACUGCUUCCGCCAAGUGUACGCAUCAAAUUCAUCGACAAAUUAAUCAACUACUUUUGUUGUUCGUCAACUGACCCAUGAUUCAACUGAGUAUUUCCACCUGGACUGCAAUCGAAACAGAUCGCCUUUUGAUAAUUGAAGCAAAAACCAUAAAAUAUCUUGAGCAAAGACUGUCAAAAACGAAAUCGAUUUUGGGAAAAUAGUAGCGAAAGAAAAAAAAAGAAGAAAACAUUUCAAACGAUAAGAUUAGAUAUAAACGACCGUUUUUCUCUCGGCUCUUUAAGCAUUUUUAUAAGAUAAUAUCCAUUGAUAGAACAUUUUUGGCGAAAAUAAAUAUGAAAAUUUGCUAAGAAAACGUAUCGACUUCACGAAACGAACGAUUUGGACGAGAGAUCAAUUUUAUUUCUUUCAUCAGUACAAAAAAUGCAUUUUUUAGAUGAAUGAACUAAAUUUAAUGUGUUUUGUUCCAUAACGAAAAAGACAAAGAAAAAAAUGCUCGAUAAAGAUUUGAGGGCGCAUAAGGGAUAUAGCAUCAAAUUCACAAUAAGAAUAAUAAAACGUCCGAAGUAGUAAUUUGUUUAAAUUCUCAUUUUAUUAAAACUGUUUAACGCGUCUCGCUAUCUCAUCUUCCAGUUCUCAAUUCAAAAAUAUAUAUACGAACUUAACUUGAUGCAGUAUGUUUUACAAAUAAAGUUACAAUCAAAUAAAAAAAUCCUUAAAU